AAUUCAAUUGUUUGUUCCAACACUCCUAAAUUGUUCAUGAACAAUUAUUAGUUAUAUUGAUUUAUACAACUACUUAUCCGUCCAUGACCUGCUUUGUAUAUACAGACAGCUUCCAUUGCUUGGCUUUUUUAGCACAUGAAUUUUUUGUUUUUGGAAAACCAAGUAAAUUGUAUAACUGUGUGUUCGUUUGAAGCUUCCAAUGGCGUAAAUUCUUUGAAUAGGUUUACUUUCUUCUUUCAACUAAGGCAAUUCACAGUUCACACACAGCUUUUGUGUUUAAGAGAAUCAAGUUUUCUCCCUCAGGAAGCCAUUUUUGUUUGUAGGGUCUGGAAAACUUCAUUGAACCAUAUUGUGCAGAAAAUAGAUUUGUUUGUUGAGGUGAUGGCUUCUGCAAAUUGUUCUUCCUCAUCGUUAGGAAAGAGAAAGCAAAGAAACGAUUUUGUCAAUGCCGUUAGUACAACAGAUUCAGUAGGGAAUACAACAGAAAUCCCCAGUGGCUUGGCGCCCAUUAGAGCCAAUUCUUCAUCUUGCAGAUCUGAGACAGAAAAGAAGUUUGAAGAAGAAGAAUGUUGUGUGACACCCAAGUCUGAGGAACACAAGAUACCCACCAUGACAAUGUGCCCUCCUGCACCUUGCAAACCCAAAUCAGCUCCUCUAAAGAGAAAUCCUGCAAUUAUAUCACGUCGCAGAGCAAUUCAUGUUCCUUAUGAUUCUCCUGAUUUGGAGUUACUUUUCGGUUCAGUUCUGACCAAAGAUCACCAGCAUCAGAAGAAGAAGCACAAAAAGAAAGAAAGCAGUUCAAGUAUGAGAAAAGAUAGCCAAAAUUAGAUAGGUCUUAGGAUAGUAUCUGCCCAUAUAACCAAAAUAGAUUAGAACUGAUGAACUUGGUGACAUUUUCUUUUUUUGGGUAAUGUGCAUUAUCCAGGAGAGUAUUGUACCUAAGCUUUGUUGUACAAUUGCUGGUUGUACGUCCUACUGUAUAUCCUAGAUUUGUGUUCCUCAGGGGGGGUCUGCUUGUCUAUUGCUCAACAGAAUUUAAGAUCCAUUCAGUGCCAGUCACAUUGGGAUCAAAUCUUUUUUGUUAUUAGUGUUUUUGUUUUUGCAAAACUUUGGAUUCUCAUUGAAAUUGUGAUCUGAGGCCAUUUUGUUAUGUCUAGUUCUUGUACACAGGUUUGCAAGAAUGGCAUAAAUGGGAAUUCAGGUUUGUCAAAUCUUAAAAUGCAAAGUCUAGAAAUGUAUGAUGCAUUGCUCAUGCUUUUGUAUACUAUGUUUGGUAAACUUCUCUGUAUAAUAAAAUCUUAUUUCUGAAGUCA